AUGUUGAUCCGGAUUGGCCCCGGACGGUUUUUGGAGCAACACCUUCUCGUUGUGGAGGGCGUCGAGAGAGAGGAUCCCACCCGCGAGUCUCCCCCAGCCCCAUCCAUGCCUGAGGGACCUUCUGAGUCAGUGGAGCCGGACCUGCCACCUGCCAAUGUCACCAACGCGACUGACUGCGGGGAGGACAUCUUGCUGUAUGGCGACACCGAGAAGGUCGUCAUUGGGACGGUCCUCUCGGUCAUCACCCUGCUGACCAUCGCUGGCAACAGCCUGGUCAUCAUCUCCGUCUGCAUCGUCAAGAAGCUGCGCCAGCCCUCCAACUACCUGGUGGUCUCCUUGGCUGCUGCCGAUCUGUCCGUGGCCUUUGCGGUCAUGCCCUUCGUGAUCAUCACGGACCUGGUGGGAGGGGAGUGGCUCUUCGGAGAGGUCUUCUGUAAUGUCUUCAUCGCCAUGGACGUGAUGUGCUGCACGGCUUCCAUCAUGACGCUCUGUGUCAUCAGUGUGGACAGGUACCUGGGAAUAACCCGGCCUUUGACGUACCCGGUGAGACAAGAUGGGAAGCUAAUGGCCAAGAUGGUGUUCAUUGUCUGGCUUCUGUCCGCUUCCAUUACUCUCCCUCCUCUGUUUGGCUGGGCUAAGAACAUCACCGUGGAGCGGGUCUGCCUCAUCAGCCAGGACUUUGGCUACACCGUCUAUUCCACCGGCGUCGCCUUCUACAUCCCCAUGACGGUCAUGCUGGUGAUGUACAACAGGAUCUAUAAGGCGGCCCAAGCCAGCGCGGAGAAGCAUCGGUUCAUGGACCUCUCCAGACACCAUGACCAGGACGGGGCAUACUGCAUCGAGAUCGGCGUCCGCGGCCAGCGUAGCGCCAAGAGGGACAAGGCUGCGGAGGAGUGCGUGACUUUGUCCAAACUCCUCCGCCAAGACCGCAAGAACAUUUCCAUCUUCAAGAAGGAGCAGAAGGCAGCCAGGACUCUGGGCAUCAUCGUCGGGGCCUUCACCUUUUGCUGGCUCCCCUUCUUCUUGAUGUCCACCGCCAGGCCUUUCAUCUGCGGGAGCCAGUGCAGCUGUAUACCGCUGAGGCUAGAAAGGACCCUCCUUUGGCUGGGCUACACCAACUCUCUUAUCAACCCCUUGAUCUAUGCGCUCUUCAACCGAGACCUGAGGACUACUUUCUGGAGCCUUCUACGAUGUAGCUACCGCAACAUCAAUCGGAGGCUGUCUGCAGCAAGCAUGCACGAGGCCUUGAAAGCCACAGAGAAGCAUGAGUGCAUACUUUAA